GAUAGUCCAAAUCCCUUGACCUCAUCGGACGCAGGUAGACUCGCCAGCCUGAAAACGAGUCUGCCUGCAGGUCUGCUUCUGAACAGUGAGCAACAAAAGUUGCGGUGUUAUCUCGAGGUUGUGAUUCAUGGAAAUGGCUUCUGGUUCAGCAAGGACUCCUUAUUUCACAGCAGACGCCUAUUGCUGUAGGAAACAGGGUAGUUAGCAGGAGCGGCUGCAGGGAUUCUGUCUGAACGAUCGUGAGAGAGCGUACGCUUCUUAGCUUCCUACCUGUUAGCUUUGUAGGAGUUUCUCAAUGUCUGCUCCCAAUGCGCGUCUCUGAGGUACUAUCAACGACGAUAUCGGACUCGUGUUGUCGAGCAUCUCUGUAGUUCGGAAAGGGAGGAAGGCGCUCGUAAGAAGCCACAGGUGUAAGGCGUCUAGGGUAAUCAAGGAUAUGGCUCCAGAAAGAAACGGAUCUCUGAAGACUUCAAAAGACGCAUUUCUAGGACUAUACAAAGGAGCAGAUAUUUUAUUGUUACGAUAUCUAUUCCCGAAACCUGAAGACAUAAAUCUGGAAGCUUUACUCCCGCUUAAAGGCAGAGACUCCAUACCUCGCCCGUCCUCAAUUCCAGAGCUUGAAUCCUCCGCUGAUGCGAGAGAUUCGGCCUCGAAACGAGUUCCAGUCCCUAUGUUCAACUCCAUAUUUUCCGCUAUCCUCUACUGUUUCGUGGGACUCGCCAUGGGCUUCAUAAACAAGGCCGUCUUAAUGCAAUGGCCCUAUUCGAACUCCCUUCUCAUGCUACAAAUGGCCGCAUCCGUAGUCAUCGUGUAUACCUUGGGGUGCUUGGGCCUGAUCGAAAUACGACCGUUUGAAUGGAGUUCGGCAAGGUCGCUUUCCGGAGUCGUGUUCUUUUACAACGCCAACGUCGCCUUCGCGCUGGCGGCUGUGGAAGCUCUGAGCAUUCCAGUGUACCACGUGCUCAAGCGACUCACCCCUGUCAUGGUCCUCUGCGCGAAGUUUCUGAUCGGGGAUGGAUCCCCACCUCUGGAGGUCUGCUUGUCAGUGCUCGCCGUGGUUUCAGGUUGCUUUCUUGCUGGAGCGGGCGACCUAAGUUUUGAUGCUCGGGGAUACCUUUGGGCCAUAGUGAGCUGCAUGCUUCAAACAGCAUACUUGAUCCUUGUUGAACGAUCAGGUUCACAAAAAGGUUUUACUACCAACGAUCUUUUGGUCUACAAUGGCGUCAUGUCAUUUCCUGUGCUCGCUGUCCUAACCCUAAUCACGGGCGAAGCACAGACGUCCAUCCCCAGACUCAUUGAGCUCUCGUCCGGCCCUGACAGCCUAGGGUUUGCCAUUCUCUUUGUGGUGUCCCUAGCUGUCGGGGUCUUACUUAACUACUCCCUCUUCUUCUGUACAAUCUCCAAUUCUGCCCUCACCACCACAAUCAUUGGGACUCUGCGAAGUGUCCUGGGCACGACAAUCGGGUUCUUUGUACUUGGCGGUGUAAAGGCCACUCCACUUAUUGUAGCAGGUUCUUCAGUCAACACAGUAGGUGGAGUGUGGUACACUUAUGCCAAGUACAAGACGAAGAAUGCUCAACAGGCAGAAAGGGUUGAGCAAGCGAAAGCCCACACAAGCCCACGAAUGCCACAGGAGGAAGUAUGAGCAAGGACUGCUGUGGUCCACAUGAGCUGAAAGCAACUCCAGGACUGCUCAGUGCAGCUCCAUGUAGAUACUUGGCUUACAGACAUGAAAGUCAACACUGCAGAGUGUUGCACGUGCUGCUUGGCCAUUCAAUGUAUUCUGGUUAGUAAAUAUUUGUGAUGACAAAGAUGUUCGGAGCCGUGGCCUAUGGGGACUGGGUAUUGUGCCAAAACUCUCAGAGAAGUCCCAGCCCAGGGUUUGAGGUUUGGUCAAAUCAGGGUUCUAUUUAUCAAACUUUUUUUGUCUGAUCGUCUAAUUUGCAAACCCGAAAUUGUG